CCCACGUGGGGGCGCUGUCCGAGCCGUCUCCAGCUCCACGUCCCCCCGCAGCGGCCCGGUUGCUACGUCACCACAUUUCACCGAAUACGAUGCAACAGCGUGGAAAAGCAUAAAGGUGGUCUUCUCAACGGCGACAGACAAAAUGAGGGAAGCUGCUCUCCUGCUCACUCCGUGGGUGGUUGUGUGUCUCCUCCUGAGCUCCAGCCAGGCGGCCAGACAGGGACAGGACCUCAGAUGUGGAGCCUGCAGGGCUCUGGUCGACGAGAUGGAGUGGGCCAUCUCCCAGAUAGACCCGAAGAAAAUGAUCCAGACGGGAUCCUUCAGGAUCAAUCCAGAUGGCAGCCAGUCCAUCAGAGAGGUUCCCCUGGCACGCUCAGAAGGAAACCUCCUGGAACUGAUGGAGAGCAUAUGCGAGAGGAUGGAGGACUACGGCGAGCACGCAGAUUCCUCCACAGACAGGAAAUCUUACAUCAGGAUCAAGUCUCGGAGCGGGGAGGCCAUGGACCUGUCGGAGGCCAGGCUGGAUUCGCGGGUCACGGCCAGCUUGAAGUUUGCAUGUGAAACUAUAGUGGAACAUCACGAGGAUGAAAUCAUUGAAUUCUUCGCUCAUGAAACAGAUAAUGUUAAAGACAAACUGUGCAGCAAAAGGACAGACCUCUGUGACCACGCUCUAACAGUGCCCCACGAUGAGCUUUGAUAUCCUCUCGGCAUACCUGCUGUCUCUCCUCAACUGAAAUGGAGAUUUUGGGUGCUUUAAAGUUUUCAGUUGCCACUUAUCACCUGUUUAUGUCAGGGCAGUGGGACAAGAUGUAUAAAAAUCCUUCUGUUUAAAAAAAAAAAAACAACAACUAGCAAAACAAAAAGCAUUACUCCUGUGAUCAUGGAGACUGCAAGGACCACUCUGCCAUUUUUUUUUGGCCAUAUCUCAUUUUAUUUGAUCACUUGUUUACAUACUGUAAUUUAUUACACGUCUGUCCGUCCUCUAAAAACUCUUCUAGGCUCUUCCCUGGAUAAACCUGAAACUGUGAAACUGGAAAACUGAAUUUGGACUUUCCUAUAGAUACAAAAUUCAUUCAGAGAUGUGGCUAAAUUUGGUCAGGUGGUCCUCAAGCCCUUAUUCAAUGGAAAAGCUCUCUCCUAAAGGCAAAUCAAAGUGAGGAUGGUCUCCUUUUAUUCACAAUGAAUGAACAUUGUUAAAAAUAGAGUGAGAUGUAUGCACACACCUAUCCUGUGCAUUCAUUUACUGCUUGAUUUCCAGUGACCUAAAGUGACUUUAAAACACUCCCCUUGGUAAAUAAACUGCCUGCGUCUUCCCAUAGUUUUUUCAGCCUGGCUAAACUCUCUCACAUGCUGAUAGAGCAGAAAAAUUAUCCUCAUAUUUCAGAACUUAAACCCAGAAGCAUAAAAAUAAAAAGGUCUCGUCUCAGUGCACAAAUUUUCAUGCACAUUAAACUUCUUCACUCGAUAUUUCACAUCACCUUAGAGUAAGCACUACCAAGACCAGCUGCAGUUUAAUUGAGAAUGAGAAUCAAGAUUAUAGCAAAGUUUAGGUUUCUUGGCACUGUAAUAAAACUGACCACCUGUAUAACCCCCACUAGAGUGUGCUGUAGUCAGCAGUAUGAGUACACCAAUGCUGUACUGCUGCAGUACAAAGAUCAGGAACUAUUUUUGGUGUCAUUAUGUGAAAAUGAAUUUGCUGUCUUGUGAUCAUUCUCCUCAAAUGUUUUUUUUAAAUAUAAACUUUGUACAUUUUCUGA